AUGAAGUUUGAGAUGCUGGCAGCUCAGUUAGCACUGCGUGGGUGGAGGGUGCGGGGGCUCUGUUUACUAACUGAAAAGUUUGCCGUUGUAAGGGAAUUGCUAACUGCCUUUCGCUGCUUCGAGCAGCUCGGUUGCUUCAGCGAGAACCACGUCCAUGACAACCUGGUAUCUCUUAAUUUGCUCCAGAAAGACUUUGUGCCUUUUCUGCUAAAUUUUUUAAGGGAGCAGACCAGCCAGAUCCUGACUAAUGGACCCUCUACUCCUGCUAAAACUCCUAAUUCCAAGGCCCACGGGAGCCAAAGGACAGGAUCAGAAAGGAGGGCAGGCCACGCAACCAGCAGCCGAGUGCAGCUCUUUUCUCAAAGGACUUCGGUGACCACCUGCGCCACAGAUACUAGCUUUUCUCCUGCUGCGGCGUCCAGCAGCUCCUCUUCCUUUUCUGGGUCAAACCUGUCUAGUCCUUGUGGUGGCUUCCCUAGCAUGGUCUCCAGUAGCAGCCCGAGCUUUGGAUACAGCCCUGUGCUUAACCACGGUGAGAAGCGGUCAUCUCAGAAGGCCAGCUUGGGGAGCUUCCUUACAGCCACGCCUGAAGCCCUGCCAGCGAGACGAGGCCGAAGGAAAGGCAACAGCUCAGUCAGUGCCUCUGGCCGGCAGGUAGCUCGGGAUCUGGGGCGUUCCCUUGCUGAAGAGGAAGAUGGAAAGAAUGACGGUGUAUCGUGGAGCGGAGGGAGAAGGAAGCGGAGUGAAGUGCCUCUUGUUUCCGCCAGAUCCCCACCCAGCCAGCUAAAUCUUAACAACUUGGAAGAGUUUCCACCCAUGGGUGCUGCCUCUAGCUGGACAAACAAAAGCAAACCAUCAAGGCGAAUCAACCCAACUCCUGUAAGUGCUGAGCGCCCCCUCUCAAAACCAAAGAUGUGCUUCACUUCUACACCUGUCAGCCAGUGUCCAGCUGCUCGGUUUUCAUCUGGGUCAAGCCUUGAGGCCUUUGCUACUGUCCAGGAAGGAAACCUUACAUCUGUGAUAAGCAACAGCCUUCAAGAGGAGAGGGAGAUGCUGAAGAAAGAACGAUGCAAAUUGCUGCACCAGGCGUCUUCUCCUGCAGGGAUAUCCCUUGAUCCUGGUACUCCUACUAAGCCUAGCUACACUCGCAGUGCUAAUCCUACUAAGGUUUCCUGCAAGAAACAGUUGGAGUGUCUGGCGCAGCUCUAUUCAUCAUGUAUAGCAGAAAACCUGGUACCAAAUAUUUUUCUGGAGCUCUUUUUUGUUCUGCAGCUGUUGACAUCUAAAGGCACUUCUACUGCAGAAGAUGGGGACAAUGACCUUGAAGUCAAUGAAGGAAGUAAGGAUGCGUCAGGGAGACAGCAUUUCCGAAGUGUGCACAAUUGUGUUUAUUUUGCUGUUCAAGUCUUGGAUUAUCAGUAUGAAAUUAUUUCCCGUUUAGAAAAGGGGACACUGAAGCUCUUGGCUGAAAAUGAACGGAUUGCAUCUUUUUCUCCCACCUUGCAUGAGAGGCUCAGGCAGGCUUAUGAAAGCAGCACAGCCAAGGUGUCUCUCCUGCUGCCAUGCUCUGUACAGUCUGUUUCUUUCCAGCCAGAAACUGACAAUCGCUCUAACUUUCCCAGUGACAGAGCAUUUCACAUAUUUAAGAAACAAAGGGAUAUCUUUUAUGAACUGCUGCGUGAAUGGGAGGAUAACCAUGAAAAAUCUGGCUGGGACUUUGAAAGAGUUCUGGGCAACAAGAUCAGGGCCAUGAUGGCUCACCUAUCUGCAACCUGCAACCACAGCCAUUUUGCCAGGCUCUUUCAGAAACAGCUUAUCCAGAUGUGUAAAGGUCCUAUUGGUGGUGGUGCAAGCUGGGGAGACACCCCAGACCAGGAUGUCCUUAAUAUGCUGGGUUCUGACAAUCUGAGCCGUCUGAAGAGGCUGCAGGAAAGAUUUGUCGUUCCUCAGAGCAUCAGAGGACCUUGUCCACCCCCUUCGUUCCCAGGAUGCCAGCAGUUCUUCAGGGACUUCAUCCUCAGCGCAGGAAGUUACCAGUUCAAUCAGCACCUGAUGGAUAGUCUGUGCCUGAAGAUACUCGAACUGGAUGGCCUUACUCUGGUGGAGCAUGAGCACAGUGAUGGGGAAGCAGAUAUGGAUGAACAGGAUGAAAAGAAGCGUUUCACUGUGGUCCUAUUAAGCCUACGACUCCUCGCCAAGUUCCUGGGGUUUCUUGUUUUCUUGCCAUAUCGCACUGUGGAGCAACCAACUAGAGACUUGCAAGACUCUGCAGUAGCGUUAAGAAACCAAACCCUGCCUGUACUGGAUGUAUUGAAGCUUCUGAGACAAUCUAUUCGGGAUCAACGUUCUAUUCUCACUAUUCCUUGGAUUGUGGAGUACCUUUCCCUUGUGGAUUAUAUUGCUCCUUUCCUUGAUUACUACAGGAAAGUAUUUUGUCUCUUGCUGCAGGUAUACAGGUUAAUGGUCCUUUCUGAAGAUAAGGAGAUGAGUUUCCUGAACAAGCUGCUGAUCCUUGCGGUUCUGGGUUGGCUUUUUCAGGUUCCAUCAGUCCCUGAAGAGCUCUUUUUUACCGCUGAUGUCAGGCAAGAGGGAUUGAUGAUGGAUACUGUGACGUCUGCUCAGGCUUUGGACUCUGUACCCUUGGUGGAUCAGCAGUUGCUUUAUACCUGCUGUCCCUAUCUUGGUGAGCUGCGGAAACUACUUGCCUCUUUUGUGUCUGGUAGCGGAGCAAAAAAUGGUGGCUUUAUAAGGAAAAUCACUCCCACAGCUGCAGAGUCCUUGGCACCCAAGGCUUCAGUCACACAGCGGAAGCUGCAGGUAGAGUUGGAACAGGCCUUCUUCCACAACCAGCCUCCCUCCCUACGGAGAACAGUUGAAUUUGUGGCAGAGAGGGUGGGAUCCAACUGUGUUAAGCACAUCAAGGCAACACUGGUAGCAGAGUUGGUUCAAAGGGCUGAAGUCAUAUUGCAGGAUAAAGUGAAGGAGGAGGAUGCUAAUCAUGACAAGCUGCUUGAAGAGGUGUGCGCUCAUCUGUAUGCGGAAGGGGCCCAGGCACUCAUCAAAGGCAGAGAAUUUUGCAAAAAGAAAGGUCCUGAGGCGGUAAGGGUGUUAUUGCCGGAAGAGACAUCUGCAGCAGUUUUAAGUAGUGCAGAAGACAUUGCAGUGGAACUGGCUACUGAGAAAGCCUGUGGCUGGCUUUCUGCCAACAUUGCAGCACUCAUCAAAAGAGAAGUGAAGGCAACCUUCAACAGAAUGCUGAAAGUCCCAGGACUUCCCUUGCCCACCGAGGAUGCUCUGGAGUUGAGAAAGGACUGCCCUCCAGGCUGUCAGCACUGUGCUCCGUUUCCCUCCCAAAUCAUCAACGAGAUUAAGGAUGUACUCUGUGUUGCUGUGGGCCCACGGGAUGAGGGUGAAGUGAUUGAGUACGUCUGGCUGGAGUGCCUGCUAGGAAGAUUGAGUCAGACACUUCGAUGCAGAAAGUUCAUGUGUCCCACAUCAGAACAGCAGCUGGCAAAGUGCACGGUUGAGUUGGCUUCUUUGCUGGUUUCAGAUCGUGUUCCUCUGAGUCUCGGGAUCGAGUCCUCAGAGAAGAGCUCCCAGAGGCUGCGUGUAAAGAAUAAUCCCACCUAUGGCCUUCUAAAACUGCUGCUUUCUGUCUGGAAGGAGGACUUUGGGACAGCUGUUCCUGUGCAGCUGAUGUUCAGCAAGAAGAACAUUGGUUAUCUUGCAGAAGUCAAGCAGCGAGAGUGGGAUUUGUUCCUUUUCGUGCUUCAUGGUCUUGUGGAACAAGAACUAAUGAGAACUAGUGAAAUAGAGAGUUGCUUGCAUAGCCUCGAAGAGCUCCCUUGGCCUUCAGAUUUCUUGAAAGAACUGGAAAUGCUGUCCAGAGUAUUUCUAUCAGAACACCACAUAGAAGAGCCCAGGACUAGCCCUUGUGAGCUGACCAGACAAUCUCUAGAGGAGUUGUGUAACUGGACUCAGGAAGAAGCUUCAGCCAGUGCCUCGUUUCAAAACAAAACACCCCCUUUGCCUGGACAAGGCACUGCGUCACAGAAACCAAAUUUAAGCAGUGACUGGCUUCUUGACUCUUGUGCCACAAAUUCAUACUCCGUGCGCAUUCCUCAGCAGGGACUAUGGAAGAUGCGUGACAUUGAAGUGAAGCAUGCCAUGACACAGUUUGGCAGGCCUUUCAAGAAAAGGCUGAGCCUCACCAAAAAGAACAGUAAUAUAGCGGUGGAAUGUGUGACCAAACUAGGGCGUGUGGUGAACAAACGUGUAAAGCCUGACAGCAGGAUUGUUGGACUAAGUUCAACAGAAAUACCACGAGGUAAUCGAAUGGGAAGAGUCUGUAUUCACUGCAGUGAGACAGCUGGUCGCGCUAUGAACAACGAGGUGCAAUAA